AAAAUAUUUAACAUUGAUAUUUUAUUAAAAUAUGAGGGACGAAAAAAGUUAAAGAGCUCUUAUUUAAUAUUUACCUACACAUAAAGUGACUGAAAACAUCUGUCUGUCUCAUGAAUGGAAGGCUGUUGCUCCGGAUCCAGCUGACUCUUCGCUCCGCUCCAGGUUUUCACACCGACUUUCCUUAAAAGCAUUCGGAGUUUAAAGCGCAGAAAAACACACCAGUGAGUGGAAGAGGGAUCAGAGCGGCAGAGGCGGAUCUCAGUGCGGUUCAGUGCGUGUGUGUCCGGAGCGAACGAGCGGAGGAUGGAGGACGAGCCGCGAGAGACCCUGGACUAACGGAGGAGGUGGUGGAGGAGGAAGGGGUCUUGCUUUUUACAUGGAACCUGUUUGUGUUUUCCUCCAAAGGUGGAUUUUAUACUGAAACACUACAUGACAAAAUGCCAUUUGCCAAGCGGAUCGUGGAGCCCCAGUGGCUGUGCAGACGCGCGGACGCGGACGAGGAGGCUCUCCUGCUCCAGGACCUGUGCGCCUUCAGUAAUGUGGCUCUGUCCCGGACCCUGCGCCAGCUGUCGGAUCUGGCCAAACACGCCUGCUCGCUCUUCCAGGAGCUGGAGCACGAGCUGCUCACCACGAACCGGCGCGUCUGCGCGCUCCGGGAGAAGAUGAGCAGGAUCCAGGAGACCACCGGUGCGCUCGACCCCAAGCAGGAGGCAGUGCCGCUGUCUAAUCUGGACAUUGAGAGUAAGCUGAGUGGACAUUAUCAGGCUCCGUGGCACCUGCAGAGAAACGUGUUCCUGCCGUCGACCCGGCCCGCGUGUGUGGAAGAGCUGCAUCGAAAUGCCAAACAGAGUCUGCGGGCACUGUACAGAGACCAGCAGCAGAGGCAGGAGGUCAGCGAGAGACAGCGGAGGGUGACCAUCUCCAUCUCCAUGGCUCCGCCCAUGAUGCCCAGCUACCCGUCGCCCCGCACGCACAGGAGACGACAGCAGAGAGAGAGACCGCUGACAACGGAAAGGACAGAGAGAGACAUAGAAACUCAGACAACACAAACACAGUUCCAAAGCACCCGGUCCUCCUCCCCUACUGAGUGUUGUCAUUUUUCCCCGUGGAGCAGAAAGGUUGCUCCUCCAGUUGAUUCAGAUUCAGAGGCAGUGGCUCUGGGCCACUGGCCGAAGUGCCCGAUCCCAAACGUGCCCUCAACGCUGGACAAACAGACAAACUGGGCUGGACUCUUACCAUUACCCACCCCAGAAGAGAAGAUGAAGACAGACUCUCAAGUCAUCACCUCAUGCAUUGUUCCCAUUAAUGUAACAGAGGAGGGCGCCAACGCUACUUCCCCCUCAGCGAUUUCAGCUUUGCUAAGGGUUGGGUUCAACAGAGAGGCCAGUGUGCGCUGCUCUCUAGUCCAUUCGCAGUCAGUGCUUCAACGGCGGAGGAAGCUAAGGAGACGGAAAACGAUCACUGGCAUUCCCAGACGAGUGCAGCAGGAUUUGGAUUCUGAUGAAUCUCCAGUAGCCAGGGAACGUACCGUGAUAGUCCACACCAACCCUGAAAUUUGCCAAGAGGAUCUCACGCUCUCUCGUCUCAACACCAAGGACUCUGGUUGCCAGACAGAAGAAUUCCUGGUUGUUGGGGCUGCACCCUCACGUAGACGGAUCAGAGCACAAAGGGGGCAGAGCGUGACUGUGUCACUGUCCCAUUCAACGGGGAACAUAUCUUCUCUGCCUGACAACUCUGACACAAUGUUCACCGCCUCAGUAGGCUCCCGUAUACGUUCCCGGAGCCUCCCACGUGAGGGGGGGCGACUGGUAGAUGAAGGUCAUGAUGACAGUGAUGAGGAUGAUGAUGAGGAUGAGGAAGAACUGUCCCCGUUUGAGGCAGAGGACUUCCUACCAGUCCCAGGGGAACAUAUUCUAAAAGAUGAUGAAGAAAGCACUGACGACCAGGCAAUCCCAGAGGGCCAGCAUAACAGUUUAAAAUUCAAGCAGCUUGCUGGAAGUACAGAGCAUGACUGGAUGGAGAGGGGUCGAUCCCGUCUGCCUCGUAAAGCUGACAUGGGUAGUUGUGAGAUUUCCUCCAGUUCUGAUACGUUCAGUAGCCCCAUUCACUCCGUUUCCAACGCUGGUGUGCUGACUAGCCAGAUGGACCACAAGGAGGAUCACCAGUCCUCAAGCGGCAACUGGAGUGGUAGUAGUUCUACAUGUCCCUCCCAGACAUCAGAGACCAUUCCACCUGCAGCCUCACCCCCACUCACCGGAUCAUCCCACUGUGAUUCAGAGCUAUCGUUGAAUGCAGCUACUAAUACUAAUGAUGAUUCCACAGGCUUCAUUAUUGAUCCAUAUCCUGGAGACCGAUCACAAGGCCUCCGUAGCCAUAGGACAGGUUCAUUCACUUCCACUGCAACUGACAUGCUUGAUGAUGCUGGAGUCAGCACUGCCAGUGAGGGUGAGUGGAGCUAUCCCCACUACAGGCACAACAUGCCUUGCCACCCUGACUUCAGUCCUGAGCACUCUAGGGUGGAGAACAUCCUAGAAUCUCCCAGUUUUGCUAGCAUAGCCACUUUUGAAAGUUUAACAGAUAGGCCACCUUCUGAAAAGGCAGACACCGCCUCACACUAUUCUGUAGAUGCAGAGGGCUACUAUACCUCCAUGCACUUUGACUGUGGUCUUAAAGGUAGCAAAAGCUUCACAUAUAACUAUGCAUCUGUAGACCAGCAGCAGGCAGAAUAUAGACAUCAAACAAACACACUUGGGAGACACAGUCUCUCUCUAAGGAAACCAAAGGUGAAGCCAUCCCCACCAAAACGUAGCUCAUCCUUGAGGACAAUAAGCAGCCAUGUUGGACCUCCCAUUGACAAGAACGAACCAAAGAUUGCUGGUGGUCAGAACAAAUCAACGUCUUCCAGGGAGAGAACACAGCAUGUGGGAUUAAACGGAGGCUCCUCGAGUCAGCUGGAGAGUGAGGAGCCACUGGGGGCUUGGGGUGUUGAGAGUUCUACUGAGAUUCCAGAAGUUGCUUUGUUUGGCUCCACAGAAACGCAUUCCUUCAAGGAUGAGGGAGCUGUCCAGUCAGACUAUGCAGAUCUCUGGCUUCUUAAUGACUUGAAAUCCAAUGAUCCUUACAGAUCAUUGUCAAAUUCCAGCACAGCUACGGGUACCACUGUCAUUGAAUGCAUUAAAUCACAGGAGAGCUCAGAAUCCCAGACUUCCCAGUCAGGAUCAAGGGCCACUACUCCUUCACUACCAUCAGUGGAAAGCGAGUUUAGAUUGCCUUCACCAGAAAAGCUGGUGGGUCUAGCAUCACCUUCCAGUGGCUACUCAAGCCAGUCGGAGACACCAACAUCUUCUCUUCCAUCGGCUUUCUUCCCGAACGCUCACCCUAUGUCCCCUCCUGGUGGCAAGAGGAAACCCAAAGUCCCAGAAAGGAAGUCCUCACUUGCUUCUUUGCAGCAGUACUCAUCAAAAAGGGACCUUGAAUUGCCUAUCAUACCUCCCACUCACCUUAACCUAAGUGCCCUUCCCAAUGUCAGCAAGCCUUCAAUUCACAAAAACCAGAUGCACAUCCUGCACCAGAGCAAACACAAGGCAGCAGCUUCAGCAGAAAUCAAGCAUGAGAGUCUUUCGAGUGAUGAGCUGGCAGCCACUAGUCCUUUGGCCAUCACUCCUACGGUUCUUCGUUCAGUUCAGCUACGUUCAGUUGGCAAAUCUGGAGAAGGGAGCCACGAUCGACCUAGCACUGAUACUGCCACUAGGCCUAAGUGUCCCACUGUGACUAUCAUCACCCCACCUACUCACAAUAAACCCCAUGAAACUAGGAAACCUCCACCCUAUAGACCCCUUCUCACAGAACCUUCCUCUCAGGACAAUUGUGAAUCACUGUUUACCCCAGUAGAUGGACUAGCUGCUAAGAAUAUAGCAAGCCAUUUUGGUGCAAGAAAUAGAUACGACCGAUUAGCCCCAUCCCCUCUUUGGAGCAUGACUGCUUUUAAGGCCCAGUCUGAGCAGGUGAACAUGGAUGAAGUGACGUUGGAGAAUUCUCAAGAAGUUGCAGAAGAGGUGAGCACCUCAAAUAAUUUCUUUUCCCAGAGUAGACUGGAAGUAGAGCAAAACCAGCUAUUGAGAUCUGAGCCAAACGAGGGUAGCCCUGGUCAGAAUGGUCUAGCAAAGAGGUCAGAUAUUCUUGACCAAGUGCCUGAUAUUGUCAAUCAAAGAUCAGAGACAUUGCAAGCUUAUCCAAUUAGCGGUGCUGGAGAAGAAUCUGUAACAUCAGGUGUUCCAACCAGAAGUGCCUCACAGGAACAUGUAGAGGAAGGGUCAACACCAGACACAGAGGACUAUUUUAGCAGAGAGUCCACACCAAGUGAUCCAACUGUGUCCCCUUUGACAGACGAAUCCAAAUCUGAGGAUGAUAGUGUUUUUCUUUCACCAAGUAAAAGUCGCACAACAGAGGAUCUCUUUGCCAUGAUUCACAGGUCAAAGCGAAAAAUGCUGGGCAGGAAAGAUUCUGGAGAAAUGUCAGUGCGGAGCCGUUUACCCAUUGUCUCUGGGAAUGGCUCUGCAACUAAUCCUGCAACCUCGCCAAGCACCCCAAACAUCCCUGCAAGUCCAUCUACUCAAAUUGGGUCUCAGAAAACCCCGGGUCCAAUUUACAGGAGUGCCAAAAAGUCCAGUACCUCGAAUGAAGAGUUCAAAUUGCUGCUGUUGAAAAAGGGAAGUCGGUCCGACUCCAGUUAUCGUAUGUCAGCUACAGAGAUCCUAAAGAGCCCUAUUGCACCCAAAAGCCCCGGUGAGCUCCUGAUGGAGGGUUCUAGACCACUUGAGGAGCCACUUUCUCCUUUACAGCAGCAAUUUCCAGAGGGAACUCCUGAGCAAAUUCACAGCCCCUUUCCAAAACCGUAUGCUGAGGGCUUCUCCACAAAAGCUUUUCCCACAUCUGCCUCAUCUAGACAAGGCCGGUCAAGGAUGCCGCCAGCUGCAAAUAGUAGCCGCUACAGUACACGUAGUCGGUUGUACACUGCUCCCAUGCAGGCCAUAUCAGAAGGGGAAACAGAAAACUCAGAUGGAAGCCCACACGAUGACCGUUCCUCCUGAAAAAUGCAUCUUCGAAUUUGAGCAUCAACUAAGUCUAGACACAAUCUUUGAAUAAUGCUGGGCACUUGGCAUACUAAAUAUUUUUAAGUAUCCGUUCUUAAGAAUACCGUAAACCAUAGGCAAACUUAGUAGUGUCUGUACCCUUUUGUAUCAAAAAGAACAAAACAUUCUGAUGAUGAUUUUCAGUGGUUGUGUUCUAAUAACUUCCAUGAGCAUAUUUAUUUCAUGUAAAUGCUUUGUUUGUGUACCUUUCAUUUUAGAAUGAGAGUGGAGAAAACUACAUACUAAAAAUCCAUCACUUUGUAAUUAUUCACAGUGCAUCGAUGCGGAUGCCUUUUGUCACACACAUUUAGUAUUGUCUAGAAAGAUUAACAAAAACAGUACUGUACUGGGGUAACUGUGAAAAUGGGUCCAGAAGGUGUUAAAAGAAGGGAAAAUCUUUCUUGUACCUUAAACACAUACUGUUUAUGGCAAACAGCUUGGGACAAUCAAAGAGUGGCCUUUUGUAUAGUUAGCUGUAGCAUAAAUAGGCUAAGUAAUUUUGAGUUAGCCCGCAACUGGAUCUUAUCGGGCAAGAGAUGUAGCUGUGUUGGAAUAUCCUGAUGGCCAACCACUAUUUUGCACUUCUUUUGGUACUGAGAAAAUGUCAGACAUUUUUGAGAAAUCGUGUAAAAUGCCACAAAAGAAAAAGUGACAUGAAAAUAAAUAUCUACAUAUAGAAUAUGAAUUUUUUAAAAAUUGUAUUUUUAAUGAGAUUAUCUUGGAAAAAAAAAGUAAUUUACUAUCUGGCAAAUUGUGUCCUUUUUUGGCAUUUUUAAGAUAUUUUAACGCGACAUCUAAUUUUAAAGCAAUUCUACCACUAAUGACCACUUGAUUCUUCCCUUCCAUUCAAUAUUUUAUCUUUUUUGAGCAAAUUUCUUAAUAAAUAAAUAAAUCAACCCAUUGUUUCUAUAUCAAUGAAUUGAUCUAAGAAAAACAACAACACAGGCACUAGAUGUAUUCUGUGAAUACCGUACCAAUCGUUUCUCUUAUAUUAAUGAUUUUGCUCAUUGUCAAGUGAUUUUUUUGUUAUUGAUCACUGACCCACACAGCAGGACUAAUACUGUGCAAGCUUUUUACAGCCAACUUGAAAUUAUGCCUCUACCGCAGUGGUUGUAGCUUUUAUAUAUUUCACUUUAAUAGAUUGACUUAACUGCAUGCAAUAAAACUUCAGAGAGGAGCCGAUAUUGGCACAUCAUGUUUUCAGAGCUUCAAUGAAUUUGCCUCAUCAAUAUGUCAAAUAUGUAAUGAUCUGUUUUUGUCUUAAAAUAUCAGAUUGAAACACUGUUGACAAUCGUUUUCAAAGACAUUAAUAUGUAGUAAAAUGGACUAUGGCAGAAUAACAAAGGUAGAAGGACAAGUAGAAGUUUUUAGAAGUGUGUAGUGAAAGUGCUUUUGGUCAGGAGGCUUUUGCAGUUUGUGUUGCUUUUGGUUUGAAUUUGAGAUGUUGAGAGGGCAAUGAGGAAAGUUACAAGAAGGACUUAAAGUUGGGUAUUGUCCUAGACACUGAUGGAAACAAGUAGCACAGACAAUAAAAUAUAUCCAAAGAAAGAUUACAGAGGUGUAGAGUCACGUCAGACUGAGAGACAGAGCAAGUCUGCAGUAAGAGGGGUUUGCGUCUUAAAGUCACAUAUAGAAUAUUUCUUUGCUGGAUCAACAAUAAAUCUGUGCGUAUGAGGAUGUGCUGAAAAUGGUGCAAAUCAAAGAAAAGAGGUUGUAAAAAAGGUUGCAAAGGAGAGAUGAACAAAAACAUGGGUUUGCACUACUGCCGUUUUUUUUUCUUAUCUGUUUUUAAUAUCAGUUUCCAAGAUCCACCUCAUGCUUUUCAUUUUGGUACGAAAGUGCAAGAGUUAUUAGUGUCUAGCUGGCUUUUAUAAAAUAUUGGGCUUUGAUCAAUUUAUGACUGCAGAUUUAUUUAUGGACUUUUUUUUUUUUUUUUCUCAGAGGUUAAGCUUUAUUGGGAAAACACUGGUUUUAAAAGAGAUUGAUCUUACACAGAAAAUAAAACCACUUAUAAAUAAUAUAAAAAAUACUAAUGACAUAAGCUACCGUGUUAAUGAUCCUUCGAAACCUAAUGAUGUCCAGUGGUGUAUUUGGCAUUUCUCUCCUUUCUCACCUGGUGUUUUUGAGACUUACCUUGCUUGGUGUGAGAUUCAGUCUUUGGAUCAUUUACAGGACCAAGUAUUUGAGCUUUCUACAGCUAUUUGAUCACUAACAACUAUCUAGCUUUAGGUCAUGUUAUACAAAGGGAAAAACACAAUUACAAAUCUUAAGACUUCCAUCACUAUCCAUCUCUAAGACAGAGGUAAACGAUUUUGUAAGCUACCAUUCCAACAUUGACACAAGUCUAACCUUAAAAUUUGCACUGAUGUAGUAUGUUUGUGAAGGUUUUCACAUUGUCUAUUGCUGUACCUAAGGCUAUUUAAACAUAAAUAGUUAGCACAUAGGCAAAAUCAAUUAUGAUUGAAAAAAUCUAAUAUUGUUAAAGCAUGCUUGGUGAAUGGUAACAUGCAAAGAUUUGUGUACCAAAGGAUUUCAGAGUUGGACAAACACUGUACUGAACACAGUUAUGUGACAUCUCUUCUGGUACUAGACUGAAGUCUUCAAGCAACUAAAAUUAUUAUUAUUAUUUUUUUUUGUACAAAUUUGUAAAUAUAAUACCUUUUAAAAUUGUUUCCAGGGUGUUUCUUAUGUAAAAUGUUUUCAAAGUUUACAUUAAUUAUAAGCCUUUGUAUAUUUUUGAUCUGUGCAACACUUUGAGUCUUGUAUUUAUUUUUUAGUAAACUUUGUGGAAAGUCCCAUUGUAAAAUGUCUCUAAAAUCGUUUGCCAGCUUGUCUGGCUGUUUAGUAAAUGUGCAUAGGAGAGGCCAAUAAAUGUGACUGCUUUAAACACAUAAA